CAAACUCCUAACUGAAUACUAGUUGAAACCCGUAGCAUAAAAGGCCGGCCUCAGCGACUGGUUUUUUUUCCUCCAAUUUACUCUCUCUCAGCCGUCUUUAUCAAAUCAAUUUAUAGUUUCGAAAUCAGAUUAGCUUACAAUGACACUCUUUGAUCAUUAUCGCUUGUACGUGACGGACCUGAAGACUGCACGCGCCUUCUAUGACCCGAUCCUCCUGCUUCUGGGAUAUAAGGUCACUUAUGAAGCCGAGGGCACGAUUGUCUACCACUCCAACGACACUUCGGUGAAAGACGCCUUUGUCGUCAGCACUGCCAAAGAAGGCCGCGUGAUUGCGCCCCAGCAUAUCUCGUUCGCAGCUCCCUCGGUCGAUGUCGUGAAGGCCUUCCAUACCACCGCGCUCGGACUCGGCGCAAAGGACUACGGAGCACCGGGACCGCGACCUGAGUAUGCUCCGGAUUACUACGCAGCGUUUGUCACUGACUUUGAUGGAAACAAUGUCGAGUUCACUACUCAUGUUUGACCUGUACGCAGAGUAAAAUAAUACAAUCUCUGUAUCAGCUACCAUAACAUUCGAC